AUGGAAAUUCUAGAUCUACGACAUACAAUAAUUACAAAUGCUGAAGUAUUCCGUUUGCUACAGGAUAGACGAAAACAGCAAAAUGAACUUCCAAAAGAUCAACGACCAAAGACUAUUGGAACAGUUAUAUAUGAGACAUGCAAAUAUUUACAAGAAACACCAGCUGUUACGCAAAAAAAUGCAGAUAUUGAACAAUUUAUUCGUGCAGUAACUCCAUUCAAGCUGACGGGGGUAGAGAUCUUACAGCUCAUAAAUUUGCGGCCUAUAACAGCUAUAGAGAUCCAACUAAUAGUGGAAGAAUGUGAAGAACGAUUAAACGAAGAACAAAUCGAUUCUUUAAUAGCUAUAAUUCAAGAAAAUUUGCCGGAACCAUUAUCUGAUGUUUCUAAAGUGAAUGCUACUAAUGAAAAGGAAAGUUGA